UGCGCGCGGCUGCCGCGGGGCGUGUGGGGAUGGCGAGGGCUGGCUCUGGCGUCUCUGCCGAGGCCCUGCGUCCUCGUCCCGGGCUGGCCGGGCCCACGGGGCAGCUGGGGAGCCGCUUCCCGCAGGCCGGGGUCGGGGGUCAGCGCGGCUGGUCGUGCGGGGCGGCCCCAGCGGGGACGCGCUGCCGGCUCCUCAGCCUCGAGUGCAGGCCCCACGCGAGAUUUUCUCUCCGGUGGAACUUGCUCGUGGCUUCUCUCCGCGCAGGUCGUAAUCUGAAGGAGUGGCUGAGGGAGCAGUUUUGUGAUCAUCCACUGGAGCACUGUGAGGACACGAGGCUCCAUGAUGCAGCCUACGUCGGGGACCUCCAGACCCUAAGGAACCUGUUGCAAGAGGAGAGCUACCGGAGCCGCAUCAACGAGAAGUCUGUCUGGUGCUGUGGCUGGCUCCCCUGCACACCGUUGCGAAUCGCGGCCACUGCUGGCCAUGGGAACUGUGUGGACUUCCUUAUCCGGAAGGGGGCUGAGGUGGAUCUGGUGGACGUAAAAGGACAGACGGCCCUGUAUGUGGCUGUGGUGAACGGGCACCUAGAGAGUGCCCAGAUCCUUCUCGAAGCAGGCGCAGACCCCAACGGAAGCCGGCACCAUCGCAGCACCCCCGUCUACCAUGCUUCUCGUGUGGGCCGGGCUGACAUCCUGAAGGCUCUCAUCAGGUACGGGGCUGAUGUUGAUGUCAACCACCACCUGACUCCUGACGUCCAGCCCCGAUUCUCCCGGCGGCUCACCUCCUUGGUGGUCUGCCCCUUGUACAUCAGUGCAGCCUACCACAACCUCCAGUGCUUCCGGCUGCUCCUUCUGGCUGGAGCGAACCCUGACUUCAAUUGCAAUGGUCCUGUCAACACACAGGGAUUCUAUAGGGGCUCUCCUGGGUGCGUCAUGGAUGCAGUCCUGCGUCAUGGCUGUGAGGCAGCCUUCGUGAGCCUGCUGGUAGAGUUUGGAGCCAACCUGAAUCUGGUGAAGUGGGAGUCCCUGGGUCCAGAGUCAAGAGGAAGAAGAAAGGUAGACCCUGAGGCCUUGCAGAUCUUUAAAGAGGCCAGAAGUGUUCCCAGAACCUUGCUGAGUUUGUGCCGUGUGGCUGUGAGAAGAGCUCUUGGCAAAUACCGGCUUCAUCUGAUUCCUUCACUGCCUCUGCCAGACCCCAUAAAGAAGUUUCUACUUCAUGAGUAGAUCUCAGUGCAGCGGUUGAUUCCAGCGAGAGAGAAGGUGAUCUGCAGGGAAGGUAGACACCGAGUCCCGCGUGCUGUGCUGCUGGUGGUAUCCUGGUGGCUGUUGCUACAGAAGAUGUUCUCGUGGACUGUCAUUCCUCCUCAGGUGCCUGGGCCGCUGAACAGUCCUUGGGUCGUUGUCAGCCGAGAGGCUCAUACAAAAGUUAUUUUUGUUUUUCCCAAGUUCUCUAUGUUGGAUUUUCAGUUGCAUAUUAAUGUAAUGGGACAUGGAAUAUGUACACGUAAGGGCUGAGGUUGGAGGCCUAGUUAUUUCCCUGGAGGGAAGACUCCUAGCACUUCUGGAACUGUGCUUCUAUUUAUUUUUCUACUUCUCAAUUUGAUUGUUUGAUUAAAGCCUAGUAUCUAAGUGAAAAGGGAUUUUUGUAAGCAAAAUAGAGGACAGAAAUGCAGUUCAUGAACUUGCUAGUUUGUUUUCCCCACUCCUGGGGUAACAUGCACUAGUCAUAGACACACCCCUUCCUUGCACUUCAGUCUUGUCUCUCUGUGGUCAGGUGUCGUAGUAAUUGUCUUCUUCAGGGGUGGUUUUCUGGCUGCACAGCACCUGUGCUGAUACCUACUGUGCCUCUCAUCAGGUGUCAUGAUUUUUCUGCCACUUCACCUUAGGGAGCUUCCAGUGGUUGAUUUUAGGAGGCCCACACCAAACUCCCCAGGAAAUGACUGCCUUCCUUGGGACCAAGGACUGUUCCAACAGCAUUCACUGCCAGUUCUAAUAGGUGAGGAUAAUGUCUGCGGCACUGUCUCCUGUCCCCUACACACAACAGAAAAUGAAAAAGGCAGUGGGUCCUCUGGAUGGUUCUAGCCUCCAGGUGCAUGGUGUCCAGUGGACAGAACAUCUGGCAGUUGGUUGAUGGCUCUUUUGUCUCAGUAGCUGCUUCUAGAAUCUACGCAAGGGGAUAGCAGUGAGGUCAAAAGUCUUUCCUGGCCUGCUGGGAACGGUGGCAGGGGAGAGAGAUGACCUGGGUUAUCAUUGCUGAUAGCUUUGGCUGCGUGGGUGGGGCUUCCCCUCACCCAGGGCAAUGUAGCCAGGUGUGAGGGUCACCGGCAGGUGGGCAGGUGACUGUGGUCUCAGAGCUCUCCCAGGUUGCUGCUAUUUCCCAUGAAUCACAUUUUGUCAUUUGGAGCCCAUGAGGACCAUUGUGUGGAUCCAUGGUGAUUCUGGACUUCAUAUAUAUUUAGGAAGGAGCAGAUUUCAAAUCUGUUUAGAUUUUCUAUAAUAAGAGAAAUCCAAUUUGUAAAAAUUGAACAAUGAUAUUGUUUUACU